AUCAUAACGCGAAGAAGAAAAAUAUACAUUAUUUUGUAUCCAAGUAGAAAAAUGUCCAAGUUUAGUUUCCUUAAGUCUAAUUCUAGGCUAUCAUCUCCAAACAAGAACAGCUUUACAUCAAGAAGAGGGAGUUUGAAGCCAAAAGCAGAGGAAAUGAAAUGGGUGUUCGAGAAAUUCGACAGCAACAAAGAUGGAAAGAUAUCAGUCCAAGAGUAUAAAGCUGCUGCAAAGGCCUUGGAUAGAGGAAUGAGUGAUGGUGAGGCGGCGAAGGCAUUCGAAUUGAUGGACAAAGAUGGAGACGGAUUCAUUGAGUUGAAUGAGUUGAUGGAGAUGUUUGGUGAAGGUAGCAUGAAGGAAGCAGAGAUGAAGAAGGCUUUCGAGGUGUUCGACUUGAAUGGCGAUGGGAAGAUCAGUGCUGAGGAGCUGUCACAGGUUCUGAAGAGGCUUGGCGAGGGUUGCAGCCUGAGUGCUUGUAGGAAGAUGGUGAAGGGUGUUGAUGGUUUUAUUGACUUUAAUGAGUUCACCACCAUGAUGACCACCACUAACAAUGAAGUUUAAUGGGCCGGGCCGAUCCAUCUAUGUUUGGCCCAAUUGAUAUUAUAAUAAUGUACAAGAUGAGAAUGGUGCAUAAUUGUUAUUAUCUGGUUACAGCUGCCCGUGUGAAUUUCGAAAUUUGAAAGCAUGUACAUCGCUUCUUCUUCCGCUUUAUUCUAUCCAUGUACAAUCCGUGUAUACGGAGACAUCAAGAUAAUAAACACUAUCAAUUAACAUUUAAAGCACACAGAUUCUGCAUUUUCAUUA